AUGCUAAGCCACGUGGGGUGUUCCCCGGGGACCAUCCUCACCUCCCUGAUGGAGACCUGCCCCAGCACCACCUCUGCCGGGGCAGGGUUGCUGUCCUUCAUCCUCGUGGCCGUGCUGAGCAGCCCGUCACUGCAGAAAUCCCUUCCUCUGGCAUACGGGGACCACGAGGGUCCCCAGGAGGGCACGGGCCUGAUCCAGUGCGGGGAGUACAGCAACCAAGUGCUGCCCAACGGACGCUGCAAGAUCGUGGCCACGCUGCCGCAGGGGGACGAGCAGAGGUGCCCGGACAUGUUUCGUUGCACUGAUGAAGUGUCCUACUGGCUCCAUGAGAAUGAGGAGAGGAAACAACAGGUCCUGGAGCUGCGGGAGCUGAUUUCGGAGCUGCAGGAAGAGCUGAGGAACCACCGGCACCGCAUCAAAGUCCUCGAGCUUCAGCACGAGGAGGCCGCCGGCCGGAACCACAGUUUGGCUCAGCGGGUGCAGGACCUGGAGCAUCGGUACAGCGAGGCCAGCACCCUGCAGCACAUCCAGGCCACGCUGCUCUACGACAUGCAGGCGCAGAUAAACAACAUCUCCGUCCUGACCGACUGGGCCUGGCGCAACCCCACCUGCCUGGGCCCUGCCGAGAUGAGGCUGCAGGAGGAGAUGCACCAUCCAGAGGUGAAGCACACCAGGAACUGCCCCAUUGACUGUGCUUCUGUCUACUACAAUGGACUCCGUCGGUCUGGGGUUUACAGCAUCAUGCCCUCAGUUGGAGGGAUGCCUAUUGAAGUGCUGUGUGAGAUGGACACUGAAGGUGGGGGCUGGACAGUCAUCCAGAGGCGCCAGGAUGGUUCAGUCGACUUCAAUCGGACCUGGAAUGAGUACAAGGAGGGCUUUGGGGACCUCAAUGGCGAGUUCUGGCUGGGCAAUGAGAAUAUCCACAAGAUGACAAGCCAAGGGGAUUACUCUCUGCGCAUCGACCUGGAGGACUGGAACAACAAGCACAAGCAUGCCUUCUACCAGGUCUUCAGCAUUGAAGACGAGGCAAACUAUUACCGCCUGCACGUGGAUGGGUUCAGCGGCACGGUGGAGGAUUCCUUUGCCUGGUACCACAACAAGAGGAGCUUCAGCACACCUGACUCAGGGAACAUCUGUGCUGAGAUUUCCCAUGGAGGCUGGUGGUACCACCAGUGCUUUUUCUCCAACCUCAAUGGGGUGUAUUACAAGGGCGGACGAUACUCCAUUAAAAACCGCAAGGUCCUGGGGCCAGAUGGUAUCGUGUGGUACUCCUGGAAGGACACAGACUACUACUCCCUGAGGAAAGUGGUCAUGAUGAUUCGGCCACGCACUUUCCGGCCCCACCUCUCCCCAUGA